CUCCAAGCGGAUAAUCCCUCCAAACAAACGAAUUGAAAUUGAAAAAAGUUACCAAAAUCUGUGAAGUUAUUCGCCUGAUCUGAUUUUACAAGAUGGUGAGUAUUAUGAUAGAGUAUUUUGAUUUAAAAGACAGGAUGCGUCCAUUUUGUGAAGAUUAUAUGACGAUAUAAGAUAAUAUAAUGAGGAAUUUAUCAAAGCUUAGCCGUCACUAGAAACCAUAUGUAAUGAUUCAGCUGAAUGAUUGUGUUUCCGUCUCUAGUUUGGGUUUGAAAUGUUUGGUGGUGUGCCUAGGACAUUCAAUACACACUUUCGUUGCUAUUCAGUCGUUAUGUUUCCGGGAAAUGAGAGAGAAGACGUGGAACGUGGCGGUAAAAGUAAGUUAGUUUUUUACAUACAAUAUCUAGGGAUUUAAUCUGUUAUUGUUGCGUUUACGACAUUGUACCUCGUGUGAGCUUAAUAGAUCAAAAAAUUAACCCUUUAACCCCUCGAUGUUUGGGUGUAAAUGGUUAAUUUAAGGGGCCCCUUCACCCUGCGACAUAUUCCAUUUGACUGCUAAGAGAACCCAGACUGUUGUAACGAGAAGAUUCUAAAUUUGCCAUGUCAAUCAUAUCAGUUAUUUUAUAGGUAAUAACAUGAUUUCGAGUACAAUUUGGUGUAAAUAAGUACAAGUUAAGUUUUUAAAGAAAACAGAAUUGCUCGAGCCAGUGCAACUUUUGAAUUUGAAAAAUUUAUAAGUGCCUAUUACACCAAAUUAUAAGAUAAAUCACACGAUGUCAUUACUUGUUAAUAAUGUAAAUGAGAAAACAUUGCAGUAAGUCAAGACAGACGAAAUUUUGAAAGUAUGCACAUUUUAUUUGUAAUAUGCACUGGUCUUACAACUUUGCAUUUGUAUUACAUGAGAAAGCACUUGUUUUCAGCCAAUCAGAAGCACAUAAUUUUUUAUUAUGAACAUUAUUUUUUGUAAGUUUUUUCUUUUUAUUUACAUAAUUAUUUACUUAUUCUUAUUUUUCAGUUAUAAUGCCUCCCUCAGCCUUGGAUCAACUAAGUAAGUCUGUUCUAGAGAUAGAUAAUCUGUUUAUGGUUUUCUAAGUGUGGCAGUAAGUCAAAUGUUUAUGAGGUAAUAACGUAUCUUUUUUAAGUUUCAUUCAGCAUGCAUGCUUUGAUCCCAUCUGCCUGUCUUAAACCCUUUCACCCCUAAGAUCUCAAAAGUAUCUCUCCUUACCGUCCACGAUUCAGUUCUGAAAAUUUAGUCUCAAAACAAUUAGCAACCCUUGAUGUUUUUUUCCUUAUUCUCAUUACAUGUCUGCUGAACAAAUUAUUGAUUAGGUAAGGAGAAACUGCUUAUGGGUCACUCCUGGGAGUGAAAGGGUUCAUAGUAUAUUUAAACAGUUAUUGUCGUUGAAGAUUAAACUGGGUUUCUGCAUACGCAAUAUUUACUAAUAUGAAUUUUGCCUGAUUGUGAUUUACAGCAAGACUUCACAUUGUUUACCCAAUGCUCUUCAAAUUGUCCAGUACAAAAUCAGGUAGAAAUACUCAUUGUGGAGUACUGGAGUUUGUUGCUGAUGAAGGCAAGAUUUAUCUUCCUUACUGGGUUAGUAAUUAUAUGGUCAUUCUUGUUAAUUGUGUCAAACUAAUAAAAGUGGUUUUAACCUUGAAUGCAGAACAUCAGAAAAAAGGAAUACAUCCUCCUCUUAGCCACCCGCAAUUUUGUGCAAAAGUGAAAAAACUUGCAUGGAAAACAUGCCAUCAUUCCUCUGUUAUUUUUAUUUACGCAUCGAUUCUUUCUUUUUAAUCUCUCACAUUGUUUUGAAAAGUUAUCUAAUAUAUCUCUCAGUUAGUAGGUGUGCUAUUAUUGGUCAAUUUAUUAGGCUGUAUUUUACUGUAUGGACUGUUGAAUUCAAAAGUUUGUUCGAAGUGAAGUCUUCUCCCUCUAUUUGUAAUAAGAGAUAUGAUAAACAUCUUACUAACCUCGUUUACUUGGUCUGUACUGUAAGUUACAGAUUGUAUAAAGUAUAAUUUUAUCAAGGGGCUACUUAAGAUAUUUCCCUUUUUUUCUGAACUGAUGUUUUGUCAAACCUAUUGCUGGUGUACAAUGUUGAAAAUUUUAUAUCAGUCCAAUACAAAAAAUAUAUAUAUAUAGCAUAUAUUUUAACCUCCUGCAUUGUUAAAAAAAAAACAUGAUAAAUGAUGGAAAUGUCAUCAAUCCUUAACACCAAUUUGUUGCAUAGUUGUUGAGGCUAUUUUUUUCUAUUUUUUUUUUUUUUUAAAGAUGAUGCGCAAUUUAUUAUGUGAAGAAGGUGGUUUGCUACAGGUGGAGAGUGCAUCACUGCCUGUUGCAUCAUAUGCCAAGUUUCAACCACAAUCAGUUGACUUUUUGGAUAUCACCAACCCAAAGGCUGUGUAUCCUUUGUUGUAUAUGGAACUUAUGAAUGCUUUCAUUUAUAAUCCAAAUUGCAGUUCAUGAUAAGUGUGAAAAUACAGUUACAUUGAACUUAUAAACCUGUUAACACAAGAAAUAAACAGUCCCAAAUUUUUUCACGCAGUUGCUAACAGUUCGUUGAGUUAAAAAAUGUUUUAGUAAAUUGAAGAGAUUGAUAAUUGAGAUGCUACCAGCACCCUGGUUAUUCAAAAACCUAUAGUUUAUUGCACAGGUUAACUCACUAAAAAAUAAAACAUUUGAAGUUUAUUGUAUUAAAACAAUUUUCUAUCUGUUUCCCAGCAUCAUAAUCCAUUUGAGAUGUGGGAGAACACUCCAACAGUUUAUAAAUUUUUCCCCUUGUGGCUUGUGACUUACAAACAGUCUAUAGAAUGUAAAAUACCUUCCCUUACAAAUAACAUAGCUUAGAAAAUGCACUCAGGUCAUUUGCCUGUCUCACUAAAGGUGAUGUAAUUGCAAUCAAGUACAAUGAAAAGGUCAGUAAACAAUUAGGGUUCUUGAAGUGAAUUUUUUUUGUAAUCAUUCCUAAUUUCCUUUCCCUUUUUUUUUAUUCAGAAAAUGGCUUGUAUUUUGCUAAGAGAUGGUUCUUUUAAUUUGCCAGUCAUUACUAACACUCAGAUUGUUAUUCAACCCUUUACACACUAACAUCAGUAUGCAUUUUCUCCCUAAGUAUUCUCUAUACAUUUCUUAAGUUUCUGACAUGGAGAAUUUGUUUAACAAUCAAGAACUUCUUUGGUUGGUGAUCAUUUCCUUUACUCUCAUGACCUUAAUGUUUGAUUCAGGGGUGAUACUGUGACGGGAAAGUAGAUGCUAGUCACUCUAAAGGGUUUAAGGGCUAUUUGGGAUGCAUUCUUGAAAAUAUUUGUGUGUUCUGAAAGCAUAUUGAUUAAAGUGACAAUCUAUUGAUAUUUCCUUUGUUGGUUUUCAGAUUUAUGAGUUUUUGGUUCUUGAAACAAAACCUGGAAAUGCAGUGUCAAUUAUCGAGUGUGAUAUGCAGGUACAAACAUAAUGUCACAAAGUCCAUUAGACAAAGUGUGAUUUAUAUAAUGCAUACUACACUGGCCACAAAGCAAUAUAAUUGUUAGUGAGUACAUGAUCUUAAUCCUUCAGGUUGAGUUUGCCUCGCCUGUUGGAUAUGUUGAACCAGAAAGGCAAGAGAAAAAGGCUGAGAAAAAAGAAGAAGAGGUAAGCAAUGAAUCAAUUCAUCAGUCAGUCAGUCAGUCAGACAGUGUCAGAAGGUCAGUCAAUCCUGUCAAUUAGAGGGUUAAUCAGUCAGUCCAUUAGUCAGUCGGACAAUCACUCAAUCACUCAUUCGGUGAGUCCGUCAAACAGUAAGUCAGCCUGUCAGCUAGUCAGUUAGUCCGUUAGUACGUCAUUCAGUCAGUCCAUCAGUCACUUAGUAUGUUAGCCCGCCAGUCAGGCAAUCAGUUAGUCAAUCAGUUUGUCAGUCGUUAAGUCAGCCAGUCUUUUGGUCAGUCAGUCAAACGAUCUGGCUGUCAGACAAUCAGUCAGUCAAAUAAUCAGUCAAUCAGUCAUAGAAUCAGUCGAUCAGUCAGUCAGUCAGUCCAUCAAUCAGUCACUCACUCACUCACUCACUCAGUCAACCAAUCCGUCAAACAGUCGGUAAAUCAGCCGGCUAGGUUAUUACUCCAUCAGUCAGUCAUUCAGUCUAUAAGUUAUGUAAGAGAGUCAGUCAGCGAGUCAAUCAGUCCAUCAUCUUUUCCUUAACAAUGCGUGAAUCUGUUCACCUACCACUGGACAAAUUUUUGGCGAAUCACAGAAUGACUGACCCAUGAAAAACAUUGUAGUUGGACGAAUGGAGUUUAGGAACUCGCAAACAAAAUAACGAACGAAACAACAACCUGCUGACUUUGCAAGAAAUUUAGUGUGAACAACUGAGUUGAAAACGUAAAUUGGCCACCGUAAAUAGUUAAAAAGGCUGACGUUUCGAGCGUAAGCCCUUCGUCAGAGCGAUGCAAGAGGCAGCUUAAGAGAGAAAUUGAAUGGUAAUCUAGAAAAGAAAUGGUAUGAUAACUGCAUGGUGAUCUAUAAAAGAGAAUGUUGCCAAUAGGACAACAGAGCCUUACUUCUAGAGACGGUAAGUCAAGUCGAAAUAAGCAGCAGUAAGUCUUAUUGAACUUUACUAGCCAGCGAGAGAACGAACAAAUGCGCGAAACCUCAAACGGAUCAAUUCCGCUCAUCACUCGCUUUUUUCGUCCCUAAUUUUUUCUAGCAAGCUGAUGUACCGCAUGUGGAACAUGGUUUCCAGGUAACAUACGUUGUACAUUUGGAUUCUAUUGAUGACAUCAUGGUUUGUAGAAUGUACUAAUUACCAUUAGGAAUCUUAUUUUCUGUUAAAAGUAGCAUUGGCAAAACCUGCAGAAAUUUCGAUCAACCUACUUAGUAAAAAGAAGCCUCCAGCCCUUUUUGAAGUUGAGUUUGUUUGGUCUUCCCCAACUUUGUUGUGAAUACAUAAGCUGCAGAACAGGCGUAUCUUUUAUCUAUUUAUUAAUUAAUUUAUCUAUUGUUCCUUUUUUUGCGUUGAGCAGGCGAGCCCGGAAGUGUUCACGGGGCUCGCCGUUCACGCUUUCCUCGUGCCUGCCUGGCGCAUGUAUCUGCACGCCUAAAAAACGCCAAUUAACCUUCCCUUCUUUUUUUUAAACUGGAAGGCUUUUACUGGUUCAGGAUUUCGCUUGGACGGGAAGAAAAAGAAGUCAAAUGUUCCGUCUAAUCCGGUACCAAUUGGUCCUCCUGUUAUUAAGAGGUAUGAUUGGCGUUUCUGUUUAGAGGCUGAUUCGACUUUCCUCUUUCUUUACCUUGUUUAUGUUAUUUCUAUUUCAGGGGAAUUCCUAAUUACGACUUCGAAAAAGGGAAGAUUACUUUUAAAAGGAACUUAAACAAAUCGAACAACUCACAGGUACAUGUAGAUCAACCAAUUUGUAAUUCAUCAAAAAAAAAUUUCUGUCCCAAUCGGUGUGUAUUUGGGCACUGCGGCUAUGCACGGCCGUUUUUUUUUUUUUUUUUUUUUUCGUUUUUUGAUGUCGUUCUUUUUUCGGUAAAGGCGGUUGACUUUCAAGUAUUUUAACCCUUUGACCCCUAAGAGUGAUUAGCAUCUAAUUUCUCCUUACAAUGUCACCCCUGAAUCACACAUUAAGGUCUCAAGAAUCAAGGAAAUGAUCACCAACAAAAAAGGCUUUUGAAUGUUCAAUAAAUUCUCCUUGUCGGUAACUUAGGAAAUGUAAAGAGAACAGUAUGGAGAAUAUGCAUGCUGAUGUUGGGGUGUAAAGUGGUUAAGUCAAGGAAACUUCUCCCUCUUUACUUUGUUUUGUUUGUUGUUGUUCUGGUUGUUAACGUUGUUUUUCCUUAUCAUGUCACUCUCUCUUUUUUACAGUCGAACAACAAGGGAGAAUCUAGUAAGCCAGAAUUUGAAGCUUUUACAGGGUCAGGAAAAACGUUACGACAAAAGAGGAAAAAUUAGCUGUUAAAAAAAUGGAGUAUUUAGUUAAACCAUACAUAAAUGUACAGUAUGAACGAGAAGAGAGAGUUUUGGAAUCAUGCAAAGCUCACUUAUUUCCCACUAAAACUAUUUACAGAAUUGAAGUUAAGCUCAGGCUGGUGGAAGUCUGUACGACACGAAAUAAACAUCGAAGAGAAACGAGCUAUUUAUGUAGCGUGAGCAAAUUAGUUUUCAGUGAAAGAGCUCAUUUUUGGAACGUAAUUGUGGUAUACUGGUCUGUUAAAUUGAUCUUUCUUCAUAUUCAAGUACAACGAAGCAACAAAUAAACUCCGAUCAGAUAGAUUUCAAUUCUUGUGUAAUCAGAACACAGGCGUUCUGCUUUUUCAAUAUAUCUCUAAUAUCAGUGUACUUGAAUGCUUGACCAAUCAUAUUUAUGCAAGUUAUUCUAUUAUGUUUUAAAUGUUUAUUAAAUAUUAAAGUUUUCCACAACUGACAUUUAACGAGAAAAUAGAAAGGCUUACAAAGGAUACCUUAAUACCUGGUCUAAAAUCCACGUCAAAUCCGAGAGGCAUCCGGUUGAGGACCGAUGCUAAUCUUUCCCUCAGAUGUAUUUUCAUAUUUCUCCGAAGUAAAAAAGAUAGAUGGC